AGUCUGUGCAGUCUGUACAGUCUGUACAAACUGGGUGCUGACAAAGUGACCUUUUGCUUUGUUGCAUCUAAUGUGACAGUUAACGGCCGCCGUUAUGUUUGGUCGCGUGAUGUGAGGAAACCUUUUUUGCCGGAGGGUGACUCAGCGGUGGCGUCAAGCUCGAAUAAAUUAUCUGUUGGUGCCAUUGUUGGUAUUGUUAUCGCAGUUGUGGUUUUUCUUGUUAUUGUGGCUGUCAUUCUGUUUUUUGUACUGCGUCAGCGACCACAACAAGAACAACGAAGAGAAAAGGUGCCGAUAGAUGCUGUGGACUCUCAAUCCACAAGUAAAACAACCACAGUGGAGACUACUCCGAACCCUCUCAUGAAUCCUCCUGUUGUUGCUGCUGCAGGGAUUGAGUUGCAACAUCAUCCUUUGUCUCAUACGCCUGCAACAGAGAUGGAGACACAUGCCCGUUCUCAAACACCUCUAGCAAUGCAGUGCCAUGACAGAAUGACACCCACCACUGUUACCGCCGCAGUUGAAGUGAAAGAGCACCGUAACGAACUCCCUCGUGUAACGCGGGAUGAGGAUCCUUCCAGACGUGUUGCCGCUCCUCCAGCUAAGGAUGCAUUGCGACAAAAACACUUUUUGAGAGGCUCACUCCCUAAUACCAAUCAAUCUUUGGGUAAAACGCCUAUCAGAUCUGAUGUGCUGGGAGCUCCAAACUGCACACCACAUCAGGUAUCAAGUGAAACUGUGUUGACGACUCCCGUUGAAACUGAAGUUGUGCGUAAGACUGGGGAGGAGCAAAUGACCUCUAAAACAAUAAAACGUCAGUCUGACAAUGCAAUGAUGACACUUUGCAAUGCGGUUGGUUCUCACCCUGAUCCUGACGCAGAGAAGAAUGCUGAGGGGAGUCACUCAGCAACUCUCCCUGCCCCUCCGUCCUCUGAAGGAGCAGGCACGUUACCAACUCUCAGUGAAACGAGUGUUCCCCAUGAGGAUGAGGGUGAUAUGACUCCUCAAAAUACAGGUGGCUCUGCUUCCAAUUAUGAUGAGCAGUAUUUUCACGAAGUGAUGUCGAGAUUUCCCUAUUUGUAUGCUUUGGUGCGUUUUUUUGAGGGAGGAGAGUUUACUCUUGACGUAGAGGAAGAUGCUUAG